CAAAGCAAUAUAGUAAAACAAGUGGAAAACCUUAUGGAAAAUCCGUGUGUACACAAAAUACGGAACGACGACGACGAACCAAGUAAUACCUAGUACGUACCAACAACAACAACACAAAUUAAAAAAGGAAAACCAAGAAAAUUCUCUGUGGAUCAACACAUGGAUACUCAACAAAACAUCAAGUAUCUAUAUCUUUUGGGGCAUGAUUUUCAUUUUCCAAUCCUAUGGAUUCAGUUAAGAUGUAAUAUUCGCCCGGUUCGAAUGUCUUUCCAUACGGACGACCGACGACGUCGUGGUUAUUGUUGUUGCUUAUGAAAAUUCAAACUCUUCUAUAAUAUAUCUAUUCAUAAUUGUAAUACAAAAAGAAAAAUUAAAUUGAUAUCAAUUUGAAGAAUACAGAAAAAAGAAAAACAAAACCAAAAAAUUGUUGAAUGUUGUUCCUUGAUGAUUGAAUCCUUUGCAACUUUUGCCUUCUACAAUUUAAUUUAUAGAUUCGUGUCUUUUAGUUCUUAUUCUUCUAUACUUUCGUGUUCCGCGCGAGUUCUUGAGAAUAUAAAAAAAAAUAGAUAAAUGUGAAGAAAAUUUUCCUUUCCAAGUGUAAUAUUUAGAUAUAAAAGUAUCUAAGAGAAGUGCUCAGUGCUCCAUUUAGAAUUGUGCGUGUGUUGCAGUAACAACAACAUCCUCGAGUUAGGAAAAUUGUUUUCCUUUCUUUAUUUUUGCUUUCGACAUUUCAGAAGAAAAAUUAUGAAAAUAAAAGCUUACUUCGAAGGAAUAAAUUGAAAAAAAUCUUAUCUUUCGAUAAAAAGAUAAAAAUCCUUUGGAGUUUUUCCAAAAGUGCGUGUAUGUUGUGACAUCAGGACACAGCAACAAUAAUAUCUCCAUAAAUAAUUUCAUUUCAAGCUCGAUUAAAAUCUUAACAAACAUUAAAUUUGUAUUCCAAGAAAGUACGAUGGGCCACUGUAAGUGGCGCCCAACAGACAAUGCCAACUCUGAUGCCCUAUGUUAUUGCUGCAUUGAAUUAACUAAAGAAAUUACAUGAAUAAACAGAAUAAUUUAAUUCAUCAUCACGUAAAUUUAUUGCUCGCUACACAUUUCACGGUUCAUUCUUCUUUUUUUUUAAAUUGAAAUGUUAAAAUAUUUAAAGAACCAAAACAAGAAUUUCUUGAAAUAAUUGUAAAAUUAUGUGCCAAAUUGAAUUAAUCUUCCAAUUUAUCGCCGUACUUCGUUGUCAUCGUGUCGUACACAAUUGUAAUUGUAUUUGUCGUUGUAAAAUUGUUCGUAAUGCUGCACACCGACGACAACCUCAGCCCGCAUCAUCAUCUUCAGCAUCAUCAUCUUCAAUCAAUCCACCACAAUUAGAUAUUUAAAAAUUGUAAACACAUUAGUAUAAAUUUAUUGUAAAUAAAAGCAGAUUAAAAUAAAAGAAAAACUUAAACAAAAAACAUGUACAUAAAAGCUAUUUAAAGCCAUAUUUUUUUCCUAAAAAAAGUGGUUUUCAAAACAGCAAUCGAAAAGUCGGAUAGACACGGGUAAUAAUUUCAAAACCAAAAAUAGCAACAACUAAAAUAUAAUAAAUAUAUAUAAACAAAACUAAUACACCUAAUUAUACGGAUAAUUAAUUAAAGAAAAAUCAAAAUAUUUAAUCAAAAAUUAGAUUCUAAGCAAUAAAACAAAAAUUAAAAAAUAUAAGAUUAAUAUCCAAUUUCGCUUUAUACAAAAAUAAAAGAAUCUCAAUGUUUAAUAAUAAUAAAAAAAAGAUUGUUUUUUAGAUUAAAUUGUUUUUAUUUUUAAAUUUCUUUUCGAAAAAACCGAAUUCGUCGGGACCAAUCAGAGUUAAUUAAAAAAAUAUCUAUCUAAGGAAAGUUUUAACUACAUUAUUGCUGGGAGAAAAAUAACAAAUAUUAAGGGGAGGAAGUAAUUAUAAAUUAUAUUCUUUAAGUAGAGUUCAAAUCCGAUAAUAAUAAAACCAAUAUAAAAAUAAGUUAACCAAAAGAUAAGCAAUAAUAUUGUUGAACGCUCCCUCCCACCUAGUAUCUCUGACACUGUGUAUAGACAAAGAUAUAUGUAGAAUAAAUAUCUAUAGUUUUCAUAUAAAUAAAUAAAAAUCAAUUAAAACGUCCACCGUGAAAAAUUAAUAAAAAAAUUAUACUCACUCAUAAUUUCAACUCAAAUCACAAUUAGAAUAAAAAUUCAACAAUGGAUUACAUGCAACAAUUUGCAUCGGCAAACAUCAACAGCAACAUCAACACUGGCAACAUCAGUACCGAUGACUUUUUGGCCAUUUUCUCAUCGUCAAGUCCAAGUCCAACGGACUAUCAAAUCAAUAUCAAUCAAUCAACUUACGCCUCUGCCGCUGUUACCGCUGCCGCUGCCGCCUCAACAAUCUCAACAACAUUCGGUUCGAGUCAAUCUGGAUCGGGAUCACUUAAUACCGAUCCAGCUGCCUCAGUGUCGUCAGCCAUUUAUGGCACAACGACAUUAUCCUUCAACGAUACCCUGCUAUUUAUCAACAACAACUUCAAUACGAACAGUAAUUAUUUCUUCACGAACAACAAUACGCCUAACGGUAAUGUAACGACCACGAUACAAUAUAAUGAUACCUAUCCAAGUGGCUAUACGUUGACGCACAUUAUUAUCGCGUCGAUAAUCGUUACGAUACUAAUGAUUAUUAUUGUGGUGGGAAAUAUGUUGGUGAUAAUAGCGAUUGCAACGGAAAAAUCGUUGAAGAACAUCCAGAAUUGGUUUAUAGCCUCAUUGGCGGUGGCGGAUUUCUUUUUGGGGUUGAUUAUAAUGCCGUUUUCUUUGGCUAACGAAUUGAUGGGUUAUUGGAUAUUUGGUAGUUGGUGGUGUGAUAUUCAUUCGGCAAUGGAUGUCCUUUUGUGUACGGCGUCGAUAAUGAAUUUGUGUUUGAUUUCGUUAGAUCGGUAUUGGAGUAUUACGAAGGCGGUUGAGUAUUUGAAGUCGAGGACUCCGGCGAGGGCCGCACUCAUGAUUGCAUUUGUGUGGAUAAUGUCGGGAUUGAUAUGUAUACCACCGUUAUUGGGAUGGAAGGUGAAGCGACCGGAGGGUGAUUUGCCUCAAUGUGCGCUAAGUGAAGACAUUGGAUAUGUUUUAUAUUCAGCAUUAGGAUCAUUCUACAUUCCUAGUUGUAUAAUGGUUUUUGUAUAUAUUCGAAUAUAUUUUGCUGCAAAAGCUAGAGCGAGACGAGGUAUUAAAAAACAGCCAAGGAAACCACCCAACGAGCAGAUGACAAGCUUCACAACAUCCACCAAGGGAACAAUUCCAAUGCCAAGUAUACCUGGUACAUCAGCAGCGAACAUUCAGCGGCAAAUAGCAACAAUCGAAGCCCAACCAAACGCUGUAAUGCCCAUUCCUACAGUUACCUGUGAUCUAGCCUCGGAUAUAUCAACGAGUGAGGCUGCCGAAGUUGAGACACAUCAGCCACCGCCACCCUAUUCGGGCCAUCCUGAGAGUGGGAUGAACGGCAACGACAAGGAGACCCUGAAGGUGAGCACAAUAGCGACGACGCACAAUGCAUUCAAUGCGCUGCCCCCACCAUCAGGCCUGGCGCCGCCGCCCAACUCUAAUUCCACUAAACCCGGCGCUAUGAACAAUAACGGCCUGACGACGACGUCAUCGCCAAACGAACUGAAAGUAUCGCCAGUGAUAGCCGGGCGAUGUCGAGCACUGUCGGUGGGCAUCGACACCGAUAUGGUCAGCGAAUUCGAUCCGUCGAGUUCGGACUCGGGAGUUGUGAGUCGAUGUGCAGUUGUGAAGCCGCUGAAAUUCCGACUUUGUCAGCCAAUAUUCGGACGCAAGAAUCAGCGACGGAACGAGGCAAAAACAGCGGCGGUUAAAGUUAGCAAACCCUCCGAAACAGCCGAACUAGAACCAGCCAUUCCUAAGGUACAAAAGCCCCGCGACCCAGAGAAGGAGAAACGUCGGAUAGCCCGGAAGAAAGAGAAGCGUGCAACUCUUAUUUUGGGAUUGAUUAUGGGCAGUUUCAUCGCUUGUUGGCUGCCAUUCUUCUUCCUUUACAUCCUAAUGCCUGCCUGCAAUACACAUUGUAAGAUACCGGACUCAGCGUUUGCCAUUGCAUUCUGGCUGGGCUACAUGAAUUCGGCCUUGAAUCCUGCCAUCUAUACGAUAUUCAACAAAGACUUCCGGAGGGCGUUUCGACGUAUAUUGUUUAAGUGAUGUUUGGCUUAUGUGUGCUGUUAUCGGUGCGUUCAUGCCAGUAUCGAAAAGGCCACUGAACGCGCUAUGGGCGGCACACCUAUGAGCUAUGGAAUGUACAACUACCGGCGAUAGAUUGUAUGCGCUGUUGUUUUGUGGCAAAUAUUGUGCACACUCAACAACAACACCAUGAAAAAAGCUUCUAUCUCAGAACAUGUUUCUUCCAACUAUAGCGCCAACAAUUUUUAUGUUUUCUUAAUUUAUUUUUUAAAUAAGCAGCACCGAAUCCCAUCGAUACAAACAGAAAAUAUUCACUAUAAUAUUAAAAUACUAAUAAAUCUAACUGACUGUUAAAAAAUCAUCCAAAGAAGCAUCGUUUCCGACAAAAACAAAAUAAAGAAAAAAUGAAAACAACUUCCGUAGAUAGAAAACACAAUUUUGAAAAAAAAAAAUAAAAUUGAACUCUUGUCUGACUGAACAUGAUUUGAAUUGAAUAAUUUUAAUAAAAACGACAAAUUUUCUAUUUCUAUAAAAAAAACAAUUUAAAAAACAAAGAAAAAUAUAUUAAAUAUGUAAUUGUAUAUGAAGAACUCGCGCUAUGUGUAAAAAUUAACUUAUAGUUCAUAAUUUUAAAUGUAAAAAUAUUAUUUUUAAUUGUUUUUUAUUUAAUUUUCCAAUUAUUUUUUAAAAACACAAGAAAAACCAUA